AUGGCUUAUGUGGGCUCUGUGUGCAAUGUGAUCAUCGUGCUUUCCGGAGUACUUCUGAAGGCUGAUGCCACAAAAUGCAAGUACCACAUUUCCCCCACGCUGCCCGCUCGGCUGGAUGUUUCAGAUGGCUUCCUAGAUUCUGGCAACGUCAGCGAGACAAAUCCGACGAUACAACUGUGUGACCCCAUGUUUCGGCAGUGCAUGACCAUCUGGCAGUAUGAUCCGAUCACCAACGACACGUCCGUAUUGUUACAAGCAUCAUAUCGUGAUACUCGCAGUUGUUUUCGAACUCUGUUUGCUUUUGUGUUGGUUGAAUCCUUUUUGUGUACAGGCUGCUGGAAAAGCAACGGCAACGAUUGCGAGCCAGAGGAAUGCGUCGCCCAUAGCGACAUCAAGAAGGAAUUUUUCUUGCACAGCCGCUAUUGUUGCUGUUCAAAGUUGCUGUGCAACGAAAACUUUUCCUACGUGUAUUUGCCUGAUAAGACGGACGAUAUCGAACUGCUGCUUGUAGAUAAGACGAAUGGCAGUGACGUCGUGGCAUCAGUGGCCGUAUGCUGUGUGCUGUUGCUGCUAGCAUUCGUGGUCGCCUUCUACCUGGUGUACCGAUUCGGCUUCAACGUGCAUAAGCCGUUCUACAAGAUCUUCGCUGAUCCGGUAUCAGCCAUGGACUCGACCGAUGCUGACUCGGUCAUGGCACAGAAGCUGUUCUUCCAUAAGCAGCUGUCGCAGAAAACGCAGUUCGACUCGAACGACAUCGUUAUUACGGACCUGAUCGCUCGUGGAAGAUACAGCACCGUUUGGCGGGCGAUACACAAGUCGACCAAUACCGAGUUGUCGAUCAAGAUCUACGAGCAGCCGUACGGCUACUACUACUACAACGAGAGCGUGAUAUUCACGCUACCGUUUAUGAACCAUGACAACAUCGUGCCGUUCUUCGGUAUCUCUGAGCAGAUAUCCAAUCCGCUCAAGUACUGCCUGGCUACGUUGUAUAUGCCCGGAGGUUCUUUGCAAGACUUUCUGAAGGUGCGCACGUACGACUGGCCAGCUAUGAGGUUGACGGCAGUGAAAUCGUGGUUCGCAAAUUCGUACAAACCCGUGGUCGUGCAUCGUGAUCUGAACAGUCGUAAUAUUUUGAUGAAACAAGACGGCACGUGUUGCCUGUGUGACUUCGGAUUCGCCUAUGCACUGAAUGCUUUCAAAGACAAAGGUCUGAGCGACGAAGAUGUGUCCAUCGCCGAAGUCGGAACGGUGCGAUAUAUGGCUCCCGAGUUGUUGGAAGGCGCUGCGAAUCUGACAGACCCGCAGACGACUCUGCAGCAAGUCGACGUUUACGCGUUAGGUCUUGUGUUUUGGGAGAUCAUGACCAGGUGCAGCGAUAUAUACUCAUUGACUGGUCAUAUGGUUCCUGAAUACCGGAUGCCUUACGAGAAGGAAGUGGCAUUUCAUCCAACCCUAGAGCAGAUGCAGUUGUUGGUGUGCAAGAAGAAGCAUCGACCAGCGUUUCCUAUAGUCAUGUGUCGGCAGACGUCAGGGCCUCUUAGAGCAUUACGCGAGCUUAUCGAGGACUGUUGGGACCAGGACUGCGAUGCACGGAUUACCUCUAUCUGUGCUCAAGAACGGUUGAUCGAAUUAUGCAGCGAUUCAAGAAGUUUGAUUCCGAAUGGCAAGGGUCGAGGUUCGCCAACGAAGCAGAGGAUUUUUUCAGGCCAGUUCCAGACGAAUGGAUUUGGACAGUUGGUGCGUAGCAACGUUAGCUCGCAGGAGCUGAGGCGCCCAUUUUACCCGGGAGAAAGCUCAGCAGACACCAGUCGUACGGGUACAUCGGGCAUCGGCUCGCUUAGCCUAAUCAGUACUGAUCGUGGUCGAAGCUCCAACUCGUCGUCGUUAGGUUACCAAACGAAUCGCUCUGAUUCGCCGUAUUACGGUCGCAACGUCCGCUUGGAUCACAACACGUUGAGCGAGAUGUCCGGCGAAAUGACCGAUGAUCACAUGCGCGCCAGCGAUUUCCUUCCAAAGAUUGGCGAUGGUCAGUUCUGUAAAUUAGCGCCCACCGACGUAGCGUCCGGCUUUCCGUGCAAGCGCGAUUCGCAGCACCACGACGUUGGUUACCUGUCGACCUACAAUGACAAAGUGGUUGAAAAUAAGUCUGCUCGCCUGUUCUGCCCAGAUGCGGCACAGGAUGAUCUCUUUGCCACGUUGCUGCUCAAAUGUGGCACUGGCAAGGCUAGUGCCACCUGCAUGACCAAAGAUGUGCCCCUCCCAAACGUGACGGUCACCACGGACAUGAUGUCCCGUUUGGUGGCCGACUGCUCUGACUCCGGCGGCAAGAAGCUCGGUGCCGCAAGAAAAGGCGCCCAUUUGCAGCUGUUUUCCAACCUUAACACGGUGAAGCCCGUCGGCGGCACCUGA